AUGGCCGUGUGCGGAGCCCGAAGAGCCCUUUGCUGGCCGGUGUCUCGGUGCCCUGCCUGUGGUGAAGAUUGCCUGGGGACUCCCAUCGUCUACUCGCCGGUCAAAGCAGACCUGACUGGAAAUAUUAAGAAAAUCCGGGCGGUUUACGACUCCAACCCCGCCAAGUUUAAAACGCUGCAGAACAUCCUGGAGGUGGAGAAGGAGAUGCACGGCUCGGCCUGGCCCAAGACGGGCGCGACGCUGGCGCUGAUGUGGUUGAAAAGGGGCCUGAAGUUCAUGCUGGUGUUGCUGCAGAGCAUCUCCGACGGCGAGCGGGAUGAGGAACAUCCCAACCUCAUCCGAGUGAACGCCAUGAAGGCUUACGAGAUCGCGUUGAAGAAAUACCACGGUUGGAUGCUGCAGAAGCUCUUCAUG